UACAAAAAAAAUUAACUCCAAAAAUUAUAUAUAUGAAUAAAUUUGUUAAAUCUUUUUGGUGUUUACAACUAAAUUGUUUAAAAUGUUUGAACAAGUUAAUCGUUCACUACGAUUUGUAGAUACAAGCAAGGAUGAUAUAUGCAAAAGUUCUAAUCUCAAUGAUCUAGUUUGUUUUUAUCAAGGAGAUUUAGUUCAUAAACGCAUGGAUGCUGUUAGGAAAUCGAUUUUUUACAUUCGCGAAAACUGGAAUUUGUUUAAACAAUUUAUGAAUAGCUUGCAAAAAUUUUUCAUGCAAGACUUUGACAUUAAAGAUAUAAAAUCUCAUCCCUUGUCUAAAAUAUUUGAACGUAAACGUAAUUGGUGUAAUGUUGAACAAAACACUGCUGAUUUACCUCUUAAAGAAGAAUUCAGUGUUAUACACACAUAUACAACUGUUGAAGGAUUUGCUCAAAUAUUUAAAAUAGCCAAUAACAUAUUCCGAGAUGAUUCAUCAGUAAACUUAGAAGAAAAGAUAAGAAACGUUGUGUUUUUAAUUGAGUUAUUAAACAUUGAUCUUUUUAACUAAGUACAUAGGUUUCCUGAACAUCAAUCAUUUGAAGGUACAGUUUAUCGUGGGAUGGUUAUUCCUGCAGAUAAUUUUAAAGUUUUUGAAGAUCUUAUGCUUCAGCCAAUUGAAAAAAGAUAUAUAUCGAUUCCUUUAGGUUUAUGGUCAUCCAGUAUUAAAUUAAAAACUGCUAUUAAAUUUGUUCGCGAUGAACUAGAAAAGAGAGUACCGGGUUCGAUGGAAAUUCAUAAGAGAGUACCGCUUUUGAUGAAAAUUCGUGUAUUAAAUAUUGAAAACAAACUAUUAAAUUUUUAUCGAAAAAAGUACAACCAGAGCGUUGUAAGUACUAUAUGUGCAGUUAAUAUUGCUGAUUUAUCCGAAUUUCCAACAGAGAAAGAAGUUUUAUUACGAGGUGGAUUCUUCCAAGCUUUAAAUAUUUUUUCCCAAGUAAUAGAUGAUGUUAAUUUCAAGGUUUUGGAUUUAGUUAUGUUAAAUACUAAUCGAGAUCAUCUUUAUAAUCCUACCCGCUUAGGUAGUUUAGAUGACGAGGCAAGAAUAUUGUUCGGAAAUAUGGUUGGAUUUACUCGCAAUAAAUAUAUUGUAGAAUAUUGCAAAGAACGCAAUCUACCAGAAGAUAUGCUUUUGUAUGAAAAAGCUCUUAGUAACAAUGAAAAAAAACUGAGGGAGCUUAUGGGAUUAAAUUAUGAUGAAAAAAUAAUAUAAACGGAACAAUACACUUUAUACAAUACUUAAGCCUUAUAUUUUUUAUACUUAUCUUUUUAUAUAAAAUUUGAUGUUAUAUUGUAAAUCAAAUUUCUUAUUAUAUAUAUUUUUAUGCAUU